GUCUUCAGAUGAAUGUGGCUGGAAGGGAAGGAAAAAAAAAAUGUGCCUCCGGCAUUGAUUUUGUGGGUGGUUCCAAUUACCACGCACAUUUUGCUGGAUGAGGAAACUGAGGCUCAGUGACCCAAGUGAAGUGACUUGUCCAGGAUCAUGCAGAAAGACAUGGGCGUUUGGCAUCUGAACCAAGGUCCCAGAGAAGCAAGGACUGUUGGGACUGGGCGGGUCAACUCCUGCACUUCCCUCCCUCCUUCCCGGCUUGGGUCCCCCACUUGUCUUGACAGCGGCCGGGCCUGUCACGGGGCUCCGUACAGCCCUCUCCACCCUCCCGGCUGCCAGCGUUCCGCCCCAUCCCCUCCCAACCCCCGAGGGAGGAGGGGAGAGCGGGAGAGAGGAGGGGGGUCGGAGAGGCCCGGCAUUAUAAAGGCUGCUGGAACAGCACAGCCCGCCAGACCCCGCCGCCCGGAUCCCCUGCGCAGCCCGCCGCACCACGUGACCCCGCCGACCACCCAGCUCCGCCGCAGCCCGCUCGCCAUGGCCCUCUUCGGGGCCCUCUUCCUAGCGCUUCUGGCAGGCGCUCAGGCCGAGCUCCCCGGCUGCAAGAUCCGCAUCACCUCCAAGGCGUUGGAGCUGGUGAAGCAGGAGGGCCUGCGCUUUUUGGAACAAGAGCUGGAGACCAUCACCAUUCCGGACCUGCGGGGCAAGGAGGGAUACUUCUACUACAACAUCUCUGAGGUGAAGGUCACAGAGCUGCAGCUGACAUCCUCUGAGCUCCAUUUUCAGCCAGAGCAGGAGCUGAUGCUACAAAUCAGCAACGCCUCCUUGGGGCUGCGCUUCCGGAGACAGCUUCUCUACUGGUUCUUCUAUGAUGGGGGCUACAUCAAUGCCUCUGCCGAAGGCGUGUCCAUCCGCACAGCUCUGCAGCUCUCCAGGGACCCCACUGGCCGUAUCAAAGUGUCCAACGUCUCCUGCCAGGCCUUGGUCUCCAGAAUGCACGCAGCCUUUGGGGGAACCUUCAAGAAGGUGUAUGAGUUCCUCUCCACAUUCAUCACCUCGGGGAUGCGCUUCCUCCUCAACCAGCAGAUUUGCCCCGUGCUCUACCAUGCAGGGAUGGUGCUGCUCAAUUCCCUCCUGGACACCGUGCCCGUACGCAGCAAUGUGGAUGAGCUUGUUGGCAUCGACUACUCCCUCCUGAAGGAUCCUGCAGCUUCUGCCAGCAAUCUGGACAUGGACUUCCGGGGGGCCUUCUUUCCCCUGGCGGAGGGCAACUGGAGCUUGCCCAACCGGGCGGUUGAGCCCCAGCUGCGGGAGGAGGAGCGGAUGGUGUACGUGGCCUUCUCCGAGUUCUUCUUCGACUCCGCCAUGGAAAGCUACUUCCGAGCGGGUGCCCUGAAGCUGUCACUGGUGGGGGACAAGGUGCCCCACGAUCUGGACAUGCUGCUGAGGGCCACCUACUUUGGGAGCAUCGUCCUGCUGAGCCCGGCGGUGAUCGACUCCCCGCUGAAGUUGGAGCUAAGGGUCCUGGCCCCACCUCGCUGCACCAUCAAGCCCUCGGGUACCACCGUCUCUGUCACCGCGAGUGUCACCAUCGCCCUGGUCCCGUCCGACCAGCCUGAGGUCCAACUGUCCAGCAUGAUUAUGGACACCCGUCUCAGCGCCAAGGUGGCACUCCGGGGAAAGGCGCUGCGCGUCCAGCUGGACCUGCGCCGGUUCCGAAUCUACUCGAACCAGUCUGCACUGGAGUCGCUGGCACUGAUCCCGCUGCAGACCCCUCUGAAGACCAUGCUGCAGAUUGGGGUGAUGCCCAUGCUCAAUGAGCGGAUGUGGCGGGGGGUGCAGAUCCCACUACCCGAGGGCAUCAACUUCGUGCGCGAGGUGGUGACCAACCAUGCGGGCUUCCUCACCAUCGGAGCCGACCUCCACUUUGCCAAAGGGCUGCGAGAGGUGAUUGAGAAGAACCGGCCUGUCAGCACCAGCGACACCUCGGCAUCCAGUGCCCCACCACCUGCCACGACGGCUGCCUGAGCCCUCAACCCCACGCUGGCAGGGGCAUCCAGGACUUCGGCCCUCUCGGCCCCUCCCAGCCUAUAGCAUCCUGUGUAACCCCCAGUGCCACAGAGAAGACAGGGUUUUAAGCUGUACCCAAUUUAAUUCCAUAAUCACACUCAAUCCAUCAAUUAGUCCGUCCACCCUCCCCGCGGGCUGUCCUGAGCUCUGCUGUGUUCCAGUGCAUUAAGGGAGGGGGCCAGGCCGCACCCCAGUCAGGAAUAAAGUGCUAACUCCCCCA